AACAAGGUGAUUGAACUUGUGGUGAUAAAUAUGAGCACGUGGAUCCUCAUAUGCAUCUUUUGCAGUUUAUUCGUUAUAACCACGCCUGCGUUAAGUACUAAGGAAAACGAAGAUAAGAGUCGAAUUAGUCACGUGGUACAAUGGUCACGAAAGAGGAGCAAAAUUUUCGACCAUAAGCCGGGCAAUUGCUGCCAUAAUAAUGAAAACCUGGCAGAAUUUACUGACUGCAGCUGUGUUAAUUAUCAAAGUACUGGAAGAAUUUACGAAAUUUUGAAGAGUUUAGCGAGGAAUUGGAGAAGAAAUGACAACAUUUUAGAGAAGAGAAGAGAUCUUUCACCUGUUUUGACGUUCCUAAAAAUGAAUUCUUUCCUCAAGUAUUCGAAACAGAAACCGAGUCACUCCAUAAUCCACUUUGGCAAGAGAAUAAACCGUCGUAAAAACUCUAAAAUAUAAAUAAGUAAAUAAUUCUAUAAUUACUGUUUAACCAAUGAAAAACUGUAAAUAAAAGAAGCAUAUGUAUAUUUUAAACACGAGCAUUA